UGCAACGCCUGUGCGGUGAACGUACUGCGAUUACUUCGCUGUUUGGCACCAGUAUGUAGUUAGUGAGCGCUGCCCUUCUAGCGAGAAUGAUAUUCAGCAAAUUUGCAAAUAGUGUCAGACAAUGCUGGCAUCGGAAAUGAAUUGUUUCCGUUACUUCGUAAGUUGCUGAUAAGUAAUAAUUUCCCAGUGAAUCGAAUAAAGGAAACUAAACGGAUUGCAAUUGAACAUGCACAAAACCGAGAGUGUAGUGAAUCGGUGGUUGUUAUUUUGAUAUUCCCACGUGGUUCCAAAAGUCAUGAAGGGAGGAGAAAAUUUAGUUGUUAAAAUGACCUUACAAAGACAGAACUGUUAUAAUGAAUGUCAAAUGUAAACAAACGAGCUCGUAAGGAGUAGUUUCAUUAUUUGUUGAGCUGGCGAAAGCUUAGUGGCAUUUCAAUAGUAUUAAUGCUGUGAUGAAAUAGUACUAUUUUCUUUUAAUUCAUUUUAAAAUUCCCCAUAAAAGAAAGUGACAUUUUGUGUAGCGUAAUUAUUAAUCGUUAUAAAGUGAUCAGUGGAGUUGUCACUAAGGAAAAAUUACAGAAUCGUUUGACAACUCUUACGAAAAAUGUGCGUGUAUGAAGCAAAACGUUAACAAUUGCGAAAGACUUUUUUGAAGCAAAAAAAGCCAUGUUGAAUUAAACCAAUGGCUUGGUAUUUUUUGAAGUCCAGUAAUGAUAGUUUGUUGUUUCUUAGAAAUAUGUGAAAAUUCAGAGUAAUACAAAUUGAUGGAGCAAAAAAAUUUGCAUUAGCAUUGCAAAUGCAGAAAAUACUGUUUGUGGUACACUAUAUUAACAACUUUAUAUGCAUCAUGCUAUAAACAUAUUCUAUCUUUUUUUUUUUUUUUAACAUAAACUGCUGUAAUUCCCAACUUGUUGAUACUGUGUUGGAAGUCAGGACAUACUGUAAUUACAGAUCUUGUUCCUUCUGGCUUAUCACAUCCUACAUGGCAGAUCCAGCAGAAUUGCUUCAGUUUGGACCACCAGAUCGUUUGAGUGUGGCGUCAUCUGCUCGCUCCUCCCUACCGUCAAUCAUAGGAGAAGGGGAAGAAGGAGGGGGAGAAGACACCUGGUCCCAGAGUAUGAUUGGUGAUGCUGUCAAUGACAUGAAAUCAGAGGAAAUUAACUGGAAGGAACGUUACCUGGAACUCGAGAUGACUCUAGACAAAUUUCGGAUUCAAGCUGCAAAAGUUCGCGACGUGCUGAAAAAUAAGUUAGCUGAAUUGGAAGAGAAAGUUUGGCUGGCCGAACGGAAAGCGGAAGAGGCGGAAAGAAAGGCUCAGGUCAUGGAGCAGAAUCUUUCACGUUUAAAAUGUGAAAGUACAUCAACUGUCAUCUCUUGCUGUAAUAAUACAUCAUUCAAUAUUCAACAUAGCCCAGAGUGUGCACAUAAUGAAUGUAUAAUAUCAUCAUUGGAGCAACAAAUUGAAGAACAGAGAAAGUUGCGAAUACUUGAUGCUAAACAAGUUGAAGAUAAAGCUGCCAGAAUUAAAGAAUGGGUUACGAAUAAAUUAAAAGAGUUAGAAGAACAGAAUGAGCACUUGAGAGAACAGAAUCAGAAAUGCAAUGUUCAACUUGAGUUAUUGCGAAGUCGUUUAAAUCAAUUAUCUCUUCUGAAUUUGGAGCCACCACAGAAGUUGUUUAGGGGUAGAGAAAGUACUGAGGAUUCUUCUCGAGGUAGUUUUGAAGAGCAUCAAGAAUCAGAUGAUAGUUUGCCAGCUCCAGAAUUUGUUGAAUAUUCCUCUCUACCUACUGCAAUGCAUCACGUUCAUCCUGAACAUUCUCAUAAUGAAAUUGAUGAUUGUAAUUUUCAUUAUUCACCUCCUUUGCCUCAAGAAUCCGAUUCAAAUGUUCCCUGCCCUAGUUCAUUAUAUGCAUCUGUUGAUUACUCAUCUAAAAAACAACCAUCUGUUCAAUCGCAAACAAGUUCCGUUCCUCCAAGAAUUAAACUAGGGAGAAAAAAAUUUAUUCCUGAAGAGUGCUUAACACCUUCUACUAUCAGUACAUGUUCUGAACAGAGGUAUUCAGAUAUUGAGUGUUCUUCAUGGAACAGGGGAUCAUCAAGAAUUGAUUCAGGCUCCGGAGAUGGUGAUGCUAUGAAUAGCUUUUAUGGUCCUGAUUCUCCUCUUCCUGAAUAUAUUACUACUGCACCAGAAGAUGCUGAAAUUUUAGAGCAGAGACAAUCAUUACCUUCUGUAGCUGUACAGAGUGAGAAUUUAGUUGUACCUUCAGAACCAAGUGAUGAACCUUAUAAUCACAACUUUUUGUCAAAAAGUGUUUUGGGAAGCUCUCAUGGAUGCCGGCCAUUAACUGCUCCAAGUUCAAUAAUGCCUUCUAAAUUAGAAGAAAUGGAUAGUUUGAGUGUCAGCAACCAAAAAUUUAACCAUGAUAAAAAUAUGCUUGCUCUUGAGAACCUAGCUUCUACUCUUAAUGCUUACCAAAAUAAUUCUUUUGAUGAUGAUGAAAUUCAUGAUUAUGCUGAAAUUUAUACACCCAGUAAAGAGUGUUCUGAGUUAUAUACCGUUGAUGGAUCUGAAUCAACUCUUGCUGAUGCUGCUUUAAUAAAGUGUGGGAAACCUCCAACACCACCUUUGCAUCGCUUUCCAUCAUGGGAAUCAAGAAUUUAUGAAGUAGCUGUUAAUGGGAUAAACAGCUCAACAGAAGUUCCACAAGUGCCUGCAAAUGAUUCUUCAAAUAAUAAUCAGUGUAAGAAUUUAUCUUGGGAUCAAGAUUGUACUAAUGCUGCAUUUACAGAGCUCAAUAUUCCAGUUUAUGCUACUGUCAAAGGAAGAGCAUCUCAAAUCAGACCUGUUCCUUUUACUGGUGAUUCAUCUGAUUCUUCUGACAAUGAAGAAACAAGAGUGACAAUGACUACAACUUCAUCACAGACUACUAGUGGUGACACAGAAUCAUCUACUUCUCUUACUGUUGGUAUUGGUGAGAAUAGCCCUGUUGAAAAAAAGCAUAUUUUGUAUCACAGGGUAUCCUCCAUUCCUUCCCCUCCACCACAUGCUUCACCAGUUUCUCUUUCUCGGUGCCAUGGAUCUGGAAUGUCUCCUAUGAAGGCAGCCCAUAGAGAAAUGUCAAAUGAGUCUGUUCUAUCAGAUGAUUAUGCUGUUCCUCCUGAUGCUGUUUCUGUAGAUGCUGUUAGCAUUAUUUCUACUGACAAUCGUCCAAGUCUAACUAAUACACCAACAUUUUGCUAUAAAACAUUGAGUUCAGAUGAUGCAAGGAAAAAGGAACCUUUGGAAAAAAGUGGGUACCUCACAAAAUUAGGUGGAAAGUUUAAAACAUGGAGAAGGAGAUGGUUUGUGUUAAAAAAUGGAGCACUUAGUUAUUAUAAAUCACAGGCUGAUGUAAACAGAAAACCUCAAGGACAAAUUGUGCUUGAUAACGUGUGUCGCGUAAAUCGAGCUGAAGGUGCUGCUACCUUUGAGAUAUCAACAGGUAAGAGGAUAUACUAUUUGACAGCUGACUCAAUAGUUAUGAUGGAAGAAUGGAUUAAAGUUCUGCAAAAUGUGCUUCGCCGAAAUGCUACCCGCCUCUUGCUCUCCAAGGAAGAUAAUAAGCCUGCAGCUGAAGGAUGGUUAACAAAGGUUAAGCAUGGACAUUCACGACGUUGUUGGUGUGUGCUCAUUGGUCGAAUGUUUCUCUAUUUUAAAACUCCAAAUGAUCCUAGUCCUUUAGGACAGAUAAACAUGAGAGAUGCUAGAGUAGAGGAGGUUGUUCAUGUUUCAGAUAGUGAUGAAGAAGAUCAUGAUAAAUUAAAUAAAUCAGAGUACACCAUUGGAAUAUUUCCAAAUCAUCAGGGACCUACUUAUUUAUUGAUGGAUAACAAACAAGAAAUGGAUGACUGGAUGUAUCACUUGACAGUUGUUUCUUCUGGGGAAAAUUUGAUUGGAACUCAGUAUGAACAAUUAAUUGCUAAACUGAUGGAAGCAGAUGGUGAAGAAAAUAGUGCGAUUUGGAAGCACCCGUUACUUCUUUAUUCAAAAGAUCCUAUUUCUCAGCCCUUAACAACACUGCCUUCUGAACAGUUACAACUAGAUGCUAUUAAGUUAUUCAAAUCUAUCCAGCUUUUCAUAUCUGUGCCACUGGAUACAUCAGGAAUUGAAUAUCAUGUUGCUCUUGCCCAGAAUGCUCUUCUUCAGUGUUUAAUAUAUCCUGAACUUCAGAACGAACUCUUCUGCCAACUAAUCAAGCAGACUUCUCGUCAUUGUUAUCAAAGAAUUGGAGUUCAACAACUACUCAUUUGUGCAACACAGUCACUGUUUUUGUGUGAUACAUCAUCAUCUGAAAAGACUUCUACUUCAGUGGGAAGUACAGAGAAGUCUGUUCCAUCUGAAAGCAAACUGAAUCCAGCCCCUUUUGUAUUUGUUCAAGCAUGGCAGCUUUUGGCAUUAGCUGUAUCACUUUUUCUGCCUAAGAAUAGGACUCUGUGGUAUCUUCGAACGCAUCUUCAAAGAAAUGCAAAUUCUAAAUUAGAAGCUGGUAAAUAUGACAUCUUUUGCCAAAGAGCUUUGGAAAGAGCUUUAAUGAACGGUGGUCGUGAGUGUAAGCCAUCUAGAAUGGAAGUGUUAAGCAUCUUGCUAAAAAAUCCAUAUCACCAUUCCCUACCUCACAGUAUACCUGUGCACUUUUUAAAUGGAACAUAUCAGGUAUUUGGAUUUGAUGGAUCAACAACUGUUGAAGAGUUCAGUCAGACUGUAAAUAGAGAAUUAGGAAUAAGAGAUUGUGAAUAUUCGGGUUUUGCUUUAUUUAGUGAUGAUCCCAUUGAGAAGGAUUUAGAGCAUUGCUUAUUAAAAGAAGCUAAAGUCUGUGAUGUUAUAUCUCAAUGGGAACAAGCUUUACGUGUGAAACAUUUGGGAAAGUUUGAGAAUACCAAAGUUUUGAAGUUGACAUACAAAAAUAGAAUCAUCUUAAGGCAAAAUAUGAAAGCUGAGACAGAUAAAGAGAGAUUGCUUUUAGUGUAUCAGAUAAAUCAAGAAAUUAUGGAAGGAAAAUUUCCCCUAACUAAAGAGCUUGCUCUGGAAUUGGCAGCAUUAUUAGCUCAAAUUGAGUUUGGUGAUUAUAAUGAAAAUAGUCGAUCAAAUGAAGUCAUCACUAAGCAGCCGCUUCAGUUACUGCAAGUUAUGGAUCAGUUUUUUCCAAAGAAAUUUAGAGAUAGCAAUAGUGAUAAGAGAUUUCAAGAGAUAAUAAAGGACAGGUGGAUGGCUUUACGAGGUCGGAAUACUGUAGACUGCGUUCGAAUUUAUCUGAACUGUGCAAGGAAAUGGUCUUUCUGCGGAGGGAAGCUAUUUUUAGCUAAGUUUAAAUGCAGUGAUUACCCAAAUGUGUGGCUUGCUGUAGCAGAGAACUGCAUUGCAGUGUUAGAUGCAAGCUCAAUGCAAUCCUUAGUUCGUUAUGCAUACUCUUCAGUGAUGACGUUUGGGGGCUGUAAAGAUGAUUUCAUGCUAGUUGUCUCUUCUCGAAAUUCAGUUCCAGGGCAAGAAAGGAACUCAACUGAACGAUUACUUUUUGCUAUGGCAAAGCCAAAGAUUCUAGAGUUGACAUUGCUUAUUGCUGACUACAUGAAUGCUAUAUCUCAAAAUGAAAGAUCUGCAAAGCGAGGUACUGCAAGCACUAUUCCAUCUCCUGGUGGUUCCAUGUCUGCUGUAUAUCAUCAUGAGAGAACCAGAACAAAAAUUCAUCCAAAUAGUGCAGUGUCCCAAGGUAGUUAUUCUACUAUGGGUAGUGCGCCACUUGAUUCCUCCUCCUCAGUAGAUCCUGCAAAAAUGACUCUUUCCUAGUCAUAAUUCAAAAACAGUUUUAUUUGUUUGAAUAUUUAGUGUGGCUUUGUGCAGAAUUUUUUUAUGUGUUUCUUCACAUUAGAGACUUGAGGGAUCUUCUGCAAAACUGGGGCCAACGAGUAAUUGCUUUGGAAUUUCUUUUCAUAAAAGUUCAAAGAAAGCAUUGAUAUUGUUGUGGAAGACAUGCAUGUAUAUAUAAAUUUCAUUUCAUUUGUGCCUGAUUACGGACAUAAUUUUGGUGCUAUUUGCGUUUGUGCAGCUUUCAUUUGUUCCUGUGCAAAACUUCAGUAGAAUGACAUUCUUUUGUUUGGGGAAAUGAAUUUUCUGUGACUGCAUAUAUUCCUGUAUGUGCACCUUUUCUUUAAAAUGUCCAUAAAUCAUAUGAAUAUUAAUAUAUUAAUUUAAAAAUAAUAUGAAAUUAUGUAAAUAAACAUAGUUCAAGCCUCUAUAAUUACAGAUAAAUAAUUACAUAGUUUUUUACUGUAUAUUUGAAUGUAUUGAUGCAAAUUUUUACUGUUUUUAUGCAUAUGGUAAAGUUACAUUAAGAAAUGUUCAACUUUGUAUUUUAAAUAUAUGUAUUAUAAAAAAAUCAGAAUGUGUAACUAUUUUUUAAUUCAUACAUUUUUUUGAGGAAAUCAUUAACAUCUGUAAAGGUUAGUAACAGAUAGCAUGUUGUGAUCAGCAGUACUAGAUUAUUCUAACUGUAUCUAUUUAAAAAUUUAGAACAUUGAAAAGGAUUUAUAAUCAAUAUUUUUCUUAUUUAAGAUUGUUCAUUGCUCACAUAGGAUAAAAAAAUUAAAAAUUGUGUCACUAAAUAACAAGCUACCUUCAAAGCUAAGUACAUAUAUAUAUAUAUAUAUAUAUAUAAUUGAAAAAGAAAAUGUAAAGCUAACUGGUAAAUUAGACGUAAGACCUAUCUGGUCUCAAAACUUUUGCGCAUAAUAUAUAUAUAUAUAUAUAUAUAUUACAGUUUUCUUUAUCUAAAUUUACAGUUAAAAUAUAUCUUAAACUUUCCAGGAUAGCAUAAUCUUUAUUAAAUAAUUUUGUAUUAGGUGAAAUUGUAUAAUUAUUUAACUAUGUUCAAGGCAAAAAUUUUUUCUAAGAUGUUUUUAGGAAAAAUUCUAUAUGUAAUCAAUAUCCAUUUUAAAUGAUUUUUUGGGCCUAUGCUUUAUUUUUUUCUCAACUAGUUCCACUUUUAUGCCUUUCUACAGACAUUUUUAAACAUUCCUAUACUUUGCAGUUAUGAGAGAUUUUGUUCUCUGUCACCAAAGUUUAUUGAAUUUUUGUUAUUUAAGAAUUUCUCUCAAGUAGGUGCUUACUCAUCUAUGUUUCUGUACUUGCAUUUUUAGUUUUCCAAAAUUUUAUGUAAUGCAAGUCACUAUUAGAAUUUCAUGAUAAUAAAUUUUUUAACAAAUUGUCAUCCCAUAUAUCUUACUCAAAAUUAAAUCUAAGUAUUAGGGCAGUGACUGAAAUUUAUGGUUCAAAACUUAGAAAUGUUUAUUGCAGUACAAUAUUAUAUCAAUGUUAAUCUACAUUGAUAUAAUAUUGUACUGCAAUAAACACUUCAUUCACUGUAUGCAUUUUUAGGUAUAGGAGUUCUGUACUAAAACAUCAGUUUCCAAAAUUCUGUACUAAAAUAUCAGUGUCCAGGAUUAUUUAUUAUUUCAAUAAUAUUACCAUUUAUGUUAAGUUUAUUGCUACAUCUCAUCGUAAAUGCUUUAUUAUUGUUGUGUAUGAUGAUAUAUAGCAUCAGAUUUCAUUUUUUUUGUUUUAGUUUCAAAAUAUUAUUCAUUAUUAACAAUUUGUAAAAUAUUUCUUAGCACCUUUUAUAUAUUGUAGUGUGCAGUUAGAAAUCAAUUAAUUUGAAUUUUGAAAUAAAAAUCUGUAAGACUGUCAGUAAGUAAAGUGGGAGAUGUGUUUCUCAUUAUGCUUACUCAGUGUUAUAUAAGCUGCAGCAUGUUUCUUUGUAAUCUUUAAAUGAUAUUAGUAUGCAUUUUUCAAAGAGUUUCAUGAUUUUCUAUCAGGGAGCGUAAGAGUUUGUUACAAUCUCUAAAUACUUUUUUUUUUCCAGGGAAAUUCUAAUUUAGCUCCCCUCUGCAGCCUCAUUUAAAUAUGACCAUUUAAAAUGUUUAGUAUCUUUACUUAUACAGUAUUUAAAACUGAAUAUCAAGCCAAAUUUCAAAACAUUUUAAUAAUUUCUCUAUGACUGAUGUUCCUGUGUGUAAGGCUAUUUCAGUUAUCUUUCAGCAUUUUUUCUUUGAUAAAGCAGAUCAAAUAAUCUUCUAUUUUUAUUCAAUUAUGUGUGCAGUUUAUUUGAGUUUUAAUUUUUUUAACUUAAUAUAAAUAUUUAUAUCUGUCCAACACAAAUUUAAUAUUUAGGUAAAUACAGAAAUUUAUUAAAAUUUAAUGCAUAACCUAAUAAAAUAGACCACUUGUUUUCAUUUCUUGUGAUAAAUUACAGUACAAAACAAGUGUAUUUUGUAAUAUAAUAAUAAGCCCAAAAGUUUCACCACAUGAAUUCAGUGAACCACAAAAUGGCAGUUCUGUUCUGUUAUGUAUGAUCCAUUUUAAUGUUUUAAUAAUGGGGAAUUUUUGUGAGACAAGCAUUCAAGUUUUGAUUUUCAUAUUUCUUUUGAAUGCAAUAUCAAAAUAUAGUCAUGAGGUAUUACCAUCAGGAAAUUCUAAUUUAAAAAUUAUUAGAUACUUUUAAGUACUAAAGUUUGCUUUGUAAUUUAGAAACUCAUCCACAUAUCCAGCACUAACAGAGAGACUGAACAUCUAUUUUUUACUGUGUCAUUGGAUAUAAUCAUUAUAGUCUCACAUUUCCUGUUAUGAACAUUUAGCAAAAAUAUAAGCAGAUAAAUGUAGAAUUCUCAUGGAAAACAUACUGUUGGAUCUGAAAACAUUUUUUUUUUUUUUAAAGAAAAAGAAAGAAACUUGUGUAAAUACCAUUCCAGCUUUGAAGUAUUUCACUUUUAUACAGUAAAUGGUAGUCUCAGGUGUUCUGAACUUUCUUGGUGCAAUAUUCAAUAUUUAUUUUUGCCAUUAGUUCUUAACUACUGAAAUGUUGUAUAGAUUUUGUCUUUGACUGCCAUUGUACUAAAAUUGUAUUGGUUAUAAAAAGCAUCUUGUUUUGCUACUUUGAAUGUAGUUAAUACAGUUAUAGUUUUGUAUUGUUUGUUAUGAUUUAGUGAAAUUGGCUUUGAAGAAGAAAAUAGUGAUACCAUAAGCUAAACACAUGUAUCUUCAUUAAUUCAUGUUAAAAACAGUAUAUUUGGUAUUUAUGCGAAUACUGCCAAAGCCAGUUACAUCCUGCCUGAAUAUUUGUACAAUGUCUCCAUCCUAAAAGUGUGUCUGAAUAUGUCUGUUCUUCCAAAUAUAAAUAUAAUGCAUUGUAUUUUGAUACCUUUACAGUAUUCUGUUCCUUUCACAAACAUUUUGCAUAAAUAUUUUAUUGCAGCAAACUAUCUUUUACUAGAAACAUGUAAUUGCACAGUGCUGGUAAGAACUCUUUUUAAACGAAAUAUAUGCUUCUAAUUUGUGUAUAAUCCCCUAGAUCAAUUGUAAAUAAUUUAUUUUGAAAUACAUGUAAAGUUGUAUUUCUCUAAAAUAGGAUUUGUUUCAUUCUUUCUUGAAGAAUACUGUAAACAGUGUGAAGCUAGAUAUAUUGUAUUAAUGCCUGAGUAAGGUCACAAUGCUCAAAACUCUUGUAGGAAAAAAUGUAUUUUUGUGUGUAGUGUUAUUUUACAUAAAUGAUUUUUUAAUAAAAGUCUUGUUCAUGUAAA